AUGGCACAUCUCGCAUUCCAGGAGUUCCUCGAGAUCCUGUCCCGGGUCGCGCGCGGCUCCACCCAGGAGAAGCUGGCGUGGGUGUUCGCGCUGUACGACGUGGACGGCGACGGGCGCAUCUCUAGGGCCGAGAUGUUGGCAGUCGUGACCGCCGUCUACGAGCUGCUGGGCCGCGCCGCCAGGCCGCCCGUGCACGCGCACGCGGCUAAGGACCACGUCGACAGAAUCUUCCAUCUGAUGGACACGAACGCGGACGGCGUGGUGACGAUGGACGAGCUGGCGCGCUGGUGCGCGCGCGACCCGGCGCUGCUGCACUCCUUCGACGCGCUCGACACCGUGCUGUGACCCGCGCGCGCGCCGCCCCGGCACAGGUCCGACUCGGCGCGCGCUUCUUGCUCCACGGCGGCGGACAACGACUCGCCC